UUCGGUCUAUUCAGUCGUGCUCCGACCGUUCGUAGUGCGCGGUGUGCGUUAUUUAAUGCGUCAAAUUAUUAUUAAAUUUUGCUGAGUAAAAUAAUUUUACAAAUAAAGAGAAAAAAAAAUUGAAUUUCGCGAGUGUAAAACUAAACACAAAAAAUAGUGUUCAAAUUUGUUUUUUUAAUUUAAUUACAAAAUAAAAAUAAAAAAUGGGGUAUAAAAAUAAAUGAGGCUUUAUCAUGACAGUGAUAAGACUCCGCUGGGUUGAUAAUUAUUUAAUUAAUAAUCAAUAAUUAAUAGGAAGAAAAAUUAUUGAUAAUAAAUUAUUGAUAAGAGAGUGAACAGUGCGGGCGGGUGUGAAAGCACGUGCAGUGAAAGCUCGCGAGGGCUUGAAAUUUUAGGAUUUUAUUAGGAUUUAGGAUUAGGUUUUAGAAUUAGGAUCAGGAUUUAAAAUUAGAAUCAGAUUGAUAAAUUAGGAUUAGGAUCAGGAUUUAAAAAUUAGGAUCAUAAAUUUGGCCAGGAUGGAAAGCAGUGAAAACUGGCCGGAUGGAAGGAAGAACUUGGAGGCGUCGGUGCCCAAGAAAUUCAGAAAGGAACAGUCCCCAAUAGGAGAAAUAGGAAGCCUGAAUUGUGCCAUGUUGUUUCUUUGCAUCGGAAGCCUCGGGAUUUCGGGGAUCCUCGCCUACCGGCAGGUUCUUCUGGAGUCCAGACUGGCCACCGUCGAGGCAAGGUGCGACCAUCAGGAAAACAGCGAGGUAAUUGUCAAGAGGCUCCGGAGAGAGGUCCAGGAUGCCUUUUUGGGACAGAAAAUUCCGUAUCCUGAGGGAGGGAUCUUCAGGGUCAAGAGGGAUCUUAAUGACUGCAAUUGUCCGCCUGGUCCACAAGGAGAGCCAGGACCUCCAGGAAAGCGGGGCAAGAAGGGCAAAAAAGGCGACGCUGGAGAACCUGGUCCACCUGGAAACAAGGGCGACAAAGGAGACGCUGGCUCGACGGGUCCAAUUGGAUUAGACGGGCCGAAAGGUGAUCCGGGUCGCCCAGGUGACAAAGGACAAAAAGGGGAAUUAGGGAGCCCCGGCUUUGAUGUCUUCUCGGCUGUAAAGGUAGCUACCAUAAACAAUGGGGACUCUAUCAGAAAAAAAAUACUACUAUACAGAAGAACGUAUCAGACGGGAUUGGGGUUAAAGAGGUCAGUGACAACGCUCCGCGGUGGGACACUUGGAUACGCGGAAAUCGUCGCAUUAAAGGGCGAACCAGGAGAGCCAGGACCUCCAGGACCACCCGGGCCACAAGGCUCAGAAGGAAUAGCAGGACAAGACGGCCGCCAGGGAAUCCCAGGAGAAGUAGGCCCUCCCGGAGAAAAGGGCGCUCCUGGGCCGGUAGGACCCGCAGGACCCGUCGGACCUCCAGGAACGCCCGGACCAAAGGGGAAAUCCGGCGAUUACGGACCUUCAGGAUUUCCGGGAUUGCCAGGCCAUCCAGGGAUCCCCGGUAUGCCAGGACGCAAUGGAACUAGGGGUGUUCCGGGAAGACGUGGUGACAAAGGCGACAAGGGCGACCGUGGAUUGACAACUUCACUGGACGGAAAGCAGAUUCCUCUCGGGACCUUUGAAGGACCACCCGGUCCACCGGGACCUCCUGGAGCCCAAGGCGAAAAGGGAGAUCUGGGUCCAAUAGGGCCACCCGGCCCCCCCGGGGAGAAGGGAGCCAGGGGCAAGCAAGGCAAGAGGAUGACAGGGGACUGCCGUUGUCCACGAUCAUUGAGAAUUGGCCUUCCCGGUUUACCAGGUGAAAAAGGCAACCCUGGGAAUUCAGGGCUACCAGGACCUAAGGGCGACGCAGGAGUACCGGGGGCUGCCGGGGUGAACGGAAUCAAUGGCGAAGCUGGAAUACAAGGUCCACCGGGACUCCCGGGAUUAGCGGGACCCAAGGGCGAGAAAGGCGAGUACGGCGACAUUGGACCACCAGGGUUGAUGGGUCCACCAGGACUACCUGGACCGCCGGGCGCGCCGGGUAUCAAGGGAGAAAAAGGCGAUAAAGGAGAAUCGAAGUACAAAAAAUUGAGAAGAAGACAGGGCGACGGCACUUUUGAAGUGAACGCUGGAGAAGUGAUAAUGGGUCCUCCAGGUCCACCAGGUCCAGCUGGUAAUCCAGGACUACAGGGGCCUCCUGGAAUCAAAGGAGACCGAGGGCACGAUGGUACUAAAGGAGAACCUGGCGAGAAGGGCGCCAAGGGGGACCCCGGCCCUAUGGGACUACCUGGCCCAAUGGGACUAAGAGGGGAAGCAGGACGGCCUGGCGACGCCGGAAAACCCGGAACGAUGGGAUCGCCAGGCUUAGACGGUAUGAAGGGAGCACAAGGCGAGCCUGGAGUCAAAGGCGAGCGCGGUGACUCAGGUCUACCCGGUACUGAUGGGAUUCCCGGUGCUCAGGGUUCCAAAGGCGACACAGGUGCCCCAGGCGAAACCGGUUCACCGGGAAAAAAAGGCCGUAAAGGUGACAAAGGGAUCAAAGGUGACCAAGGAGUACCUGGACUAGACGCCCCCUGUCCUCUCGGAGCCGAUGGACUCCCUCUUGCAGGGUGUGGUUGGAGAGCACCUCAGCAGGACAUCGUGAGUACAAUGAGCCCAGCUCACGAAGGACCCGAGCCCGCGGAAACUGACUACGACGAACCCGAAGACGAGUACGAGGAAGAGUACACCGAUCCCAGUGGGAAUUUAGCCGAAAAAUAAUAAUAUUAUUAUUAUUUAUUUAUAAUUUAUUAAGAUAAUAUAAUUUAACAUAAACAUAUAUUUAUAUAUACAUCUGUAUACCGCAACUAUAUGCUAAGAAUACACUAGGAUAAUCAAUGGAUUGCGAAUACUGUCCUACGCAUUAACUCACCCGUCUAAAAUUUUGCAAAAAUGGCUUUUGGAAGAGGAACGUCAUCAACAGCAUCUGAAAAAACGCGAGCACAAACUACGCAACCAUUAGUUUAAUCAUAUAUGACUAAUUAUAUAAUAUAAUUAAUUAAAAGAUAUAAUUAAUGUUUUUGUAAUUGUAAAAACAGUUUGAAAGACUACGUUAAAUUAUUAACUUAUAUAUUAAUAAUUUCAAGCACAAGCUUAUAAAAAUUUUUCUAACAACUCAAGAUACCGGGUUCGAAUCACAGGCAAAAAAAAAUUAUUUUUUUUUUUCGUGAAAAAAAUUAAUAAUGUAGAGUUAAAUUAUUAGUAUUCAAAAAAUAAUAAUUAUUUCAAAUAAAAAUAUGUAAGUUAUGUAAAUAAUGUACUUACCGUGCACUUAUAAAUGUGCACGUGAGUUCGUGUAUAUAUUUAAUAAGAAAAUAUCUACGAAUAAUUAUAAUUAAUG